AUGGAUGACUUCAAGAGGAUAAGUGGUCUCGAAAUGAAUCCAGCCAAAUCAGAAAUAUUUUUUUGUGGUUAUGCUGAUAUUGAAGCAUCAGUACUGAGUGAUCUAUCUGGAUUCAAGCUUGGUACAUUCCCAACAAGACACUCCUUGUCGGGUAUAUUUUCGGUAAUGGAUGACUUCAAGAGGAUAAGUGGUCUCGAGAUGAAUCCAGCCAAAUCAGAAAUAUUUUUUGGUGGUUAUGUUGAUAUUGAAGCAUCGGUACUGAGUGAUCUAUCUGGAUUCAAGCUUGGCACAUUCCCAACAAGCCUUCUAUGCAAAGAGUAUAUGUACUGCCAUAUUGGAAAUGGAGAGAAUGCUGCUUUCUGGUUCGAUAAUUGCACCAGUAUUGGACCGUUACUUGAAUUUGCAGGACAAGGAGGCCCGAGAGCAAUGAGAGUUAGAAAGGGAGCUAAAGUAAUUGAUGCCACACGUCAAGGGUCCUGGUUUUUGCCUCCUGCUCGUUCGGAUCAAAUCCGUAUGAUUCAGGCUGAGAUAACUACCAUACAACCGCCAAAUGCUUCUCAUGGUUCAGAUCAAUUUCUUUGGCGUAAAUCAGAUGGGACUUUCGGACCGGUUUUCUGUUCUAAGGUCACGUGGGAGUACCUCUGUAUACCCUCUCCUACUGUCUAUUGGCAUAAGGUGGUUUGGUUCAAAGAGUAUAUCCCUAGGAACUCAUUUAUGGCUUGGUUAGCUUUAUUGAGGAGGAUGCCAACAAGAGAUAGGCUACGUCGUUGGGCUUUUGCUUCUCAAAUCUGGCCCAACCCGCCUAAUGAUUUGCAUUCAGCAGCAUCAUGGAUUCUCCAACUGUCUCGGCAGUCUAAUGCCAAUGCCAUCUGCCUAAUCAAGCUCAUAUUUCAGGCCUCUAUCUACCUGUUAUGGAAAGAGAAGAAUGCUCGUAUCUUCACAGCGGUCUAUACUCCACCACGCAUCAUCCAUCACGUCUUGGACCGUCUUCUUCGGGAUCGCCUUCUCUCUAUCAAGGCUCUUCCACCUGCUCAAUCACCCCUCCAAUUCUAUCUCUCCAUCUACCGGCCUCCUUGA